GUGCGUCAGCGGCGGCGCGGCGGGCGGAGCCGGGAGGCGGGGAAGCUGUGGCCGAGAGAGCGUGAGGAGGUACCGCCACCGACUCCUCGUCGUCCGCGUCCUCCUGGGCCCCAGCGUCGCGGGCCGCGCACGUCCCUGGAAGAUACGUCUCCUCGCCUUCCUCCUCGUCCAGUCGCUCCGGCUUCCUCGUCUUGAGCUGCGGGCUCUGGCGGAACCCGGAACGGCCGUCCGCCUCCCCCGCCCUCUGCCGCCUCCUCCUCGGCUUCCUCCUCAGCCUCAGACCGGAGCGGAGUGUCGGCGGCGGCCGGUUUGGGCGGCGACUCGCGCUUCUUCGGGCGGCGGCGCUUGGCCAUGUCGUGUCGGGGAAGGUAAUGAGCCGCAGAGCCCCGGGGUCUCGGCUGAGCAGCGGCGGCGGCGGCGGCACCAAGUACCCGCGGAGCUGGAAUGACUGGCAACCCAGAACUGAUAGUGCAUCAGCCGAAACAGAUACUUUAAAAUACUCUUCAUCAAGAGAUAGGGGUUCUUCUUCUUAUGGACUGCAACCUUCAAAUUCAGUUGUGGUGUCUCGGCAAAGGCAUGAUGAUACCAGAGUCCAUGCUGACAUACAGAAUGACGAAAAGGGUGGCUACAGUGUCAAUGGAGGAUCUGGGGAAAAUACUUAUGGUCGGAAGUCGUUGGGGCAAGAGCUGAGGGUUAACAAUGUGACCAGCCCUGAGUUCACCAGUGUUCAGCAUGGCAGUCGUGCAUUAGCCACCAAAGACAUGAGGAAAUCACAGGAGCGAUCGAUGUCUUAUUCUGAUGAGUCUCGACUGUCUAAUCUUCUUCGGAGGAUUACCCGGGAAGACGACAGAGACCGAAGACUGGCUACUGUAAAGCAGUUGAAAGAAUUUAUUCAGCAACCAGAAAAUAAGCUGGUACUAGUUAAACAGUUGGAUAAUAUCUUGGCUGCUGUACAUGAUGUGCUUAAUGAAAGUAGCAAAUUGCUUCAGGAGUUGAGACAGGAGGGAGCUUGCUGUCUUGGCCUUCUUUGUGCUUCUCUGAGCUAUGAGGCUGAGAAGAUUUUCAAAUGGAUUUUUAGCAAAUUUAGCUCAUCUGCAAAAGAUGAAGUUAAACUCCUCUACUUAUGUGCCACCUACAAAGCACUAGAGACUGUAGGAGAAAAGAAAGCCUUUUCAUCUGUAAUGCAGCUUGUAAUGACCAGCCUACAGUCUAUUCUUGAGAAUGUGGAUACACCAGAAUUACUUUGCAAAUGUGUUAAGUGCAUUCUUUUAGUGGCUCGAUGUUACCCUCAUAUUUUCAGCACUAAUUUUAGGGAUACGGUUGAUAUAUUAGUGGGAUGGCACAUAGAUCAUACUCAGAAACCUUCGCUCACACAGCAGGUGUCUGGGUGGUUGCAGAGCUUGGAGCCAUUUUGGGUGGCUGACCUUGCAUUUUCUACCACUCUUCUUGGUCAGUUUCUUGAAGACAUGGAGGCAUAUGCUGAGGACCUCAGCCAUGUAGCCUCUGGGGAAUCUGUGGAUGAAGAUGUUCCUCCUCCUUCUGUAUCAUUACCAAAGCUGGCAGCACUUCUCCGGGUAUUCAGUACUGUGGUGAGGAGUAUUGGGGAGCGCUUCAGCCCAAUCCGGGGUCCUCCAAUUACUGAGGCAUAUGUAACAGAUGUUCUGUACAGAGUAAUGAGAUGUGUGACGGCUGCAAACCAAGUAUUUUUUUCUGAGGCUGUGUUGACAGCUGCUAAUGAGUGUGUUGGUGUUUUGCUCGGCAGCUUGGACCCUAGCAUGACUAUACAUUGUGACAUGGUCAUUACAUAUGGAUUAGACCAACUGGAGAAUUGCCAGACUUGUGGUACCGAUUAUAUCAUCUCAGUCUUGAAUUUACUCACAUUGAUUGUUGAACAGAUCAAUACAAAGCUGCCAUCAUCAUUUGUAGAAAAGCUGUUUAUCCCAUCAUCUAAACUACUUUUUUUACGUUAUCAUAAAGAAAAAGAGGUGGUUGCUGUAGCUCAUGCUGUGUAUCAAGCAGUGCUUAGCUUGAAGAAUAUUCCUGUUUUAGAGACUGCUUAUAAACUAAUUUUGGGAGAAAUGACUUGUGCCCUAAAUAAUCUGCUACAUAGUCUGCAACUUCCUGAUGCGUGUUCUGAGAUAAAACAUGAUGCUUUUAAGAAUCAUGUAUUCAAUGUAGACAAUGCAAAAUUUGUAGUUAUAUUUGAUCUCAGUGCUCUAACUACAAUUGGAAAUGCCAAAAACUCAUUAAUUGGGAUGUGGGCACUGUCUCCAACUGUCUUUGCCCUCCUGAGUAAGAAUCUGAUGAUUGUGCACAGUGACCUGGCAGUUCACUUCCCUGCCAUUCAGUAUGCAGUGCUCUACACUUUGUAUUCUCAUUGUACCAGGCAUGAUCACUUCAUCUCCAGUAGUCUUAGUUCUUCAUCCCCUUCUUUGUUUGAUGGAGCUGUGAUUAGUACUGUGACUACAGCUACAAAAAAACAUUUCUCAAUUAUAUUAAAUCUUCUGGGAAUAUUGCUGAAGAAAGAUAAUCUUAACCAGGAUACCAGAAAGCUGUUAAUGACUUGGGCUUUGGAAGUGGCUGUUUUAAUGAAGAAGUCUGAAACAUAUGCACCUUUAUUCUCUCUUCCAUCUUUUCAUAAAUUUGCCAAAGGCCUUUUAGCCAACACUCUUGUUGAAGAUGUGAAUAUCUGUCUGCAAGCAUGCAGCAGUCUCCAUGCUCUGUCCACUUCCUUGCCAGAUGAUCUUUUACAGAGGUGUGUUGAUGUUUGUCGUGUUCAGCUAGUUCAUAGUGGUACUCGCAUUCGACAAGCCUUUGGAAAACUAUUGAAAUCAAUCCCGCUGGAUGUUGUCCUAAGCAAUAACAAUCACACAGAAAUUCAAGAAAUCUCUUUAGCUUUACGAAGUCACAUGAGUAAAGCACCAAGUAAUACAUUCCACCCACAAGAUUUCUCUGAUGUUAUUAGUUUUAUUUUGUAUGGGAAUUCUCACAGAACAGGGAAGGACAAUUGGUUAGAAAGAUUGUUCUAUAGCUGCCAGAGACUGGAUAAGCGUGACCAAUCAACCAUUCCCCGCAAUCUUCUAAAGACAGAUGCUGUCCUUUGGCAGUGGGCUAUUUGGGAAGCAGCACAGUUCACUGUCCUUUCUAAAUUGAGAACCCCAUUGGGCAGAGCUCAAGAUACAUUCCAGACAAUUGAAGGUAUCAUUAGAAGUCUUGCUGCUCACACAUUAAACCCUGAUCAAGAUGUCAGUCAGUGGACAACUGCGGAAAAUGAUGAAGGCCAUAGUAGCAACCAACUUAGACUUGUUCUUCUUCUACAGUAUCUGGAAAAUCUGGAGAAAUUAAUGUAUAAUGCAUAUGAAGGAUGUGCUAAUGCACUAACAUCACCUCCCAAGGUCAUCAGGACAUUUUUUUAUACCAACCGUCAAACUUGCCAAGACUGGCUGACUCGGAUUCGCCUCUCCAUUAUGAGGGUUGGAUUGUUGGCAGGCCAGCCUGCUGUGACAGUAAGGCAUGGAUUUGACUUGCUUACAGAAAUGAAGACAAAUAAUCUGUCUCAGGGGAAUGAAUUAGAAGUAACCAUCAUGAUGGUGGUGGAAGCACUGUGUGAACUUCAUUGUCCUGAAGCUAUACAGGGAAUUGCUGUCUGGUCAUCUCCUGUUGUUGGGAAAAAUCUUCUCUGGAUUAACUCUGUAGCCCAGCAGGCUGAAGGACGGUUUGAAAAGGCCUCUGUGGAAUACCAGGAGCAUCUGUGUGCCAUGACAGGUGUCGAUUGCUGUAUAUCCAGCUUUGACAAGUCUGUUCUCACAUUAGCCAAUGCUGGGCGUAACAGUGCCAGUCCGAAACAUUCUGUAAAUGGUGAAUCCAGAAAAACGGUGUUGUCCAAACCAACAGACUCUUCCCCUGAGGUUAUAAAUUAUUUAGGAAAUAAAGCAUGUGAGUGCUACAUUUCAGUUGCUGAUUGGGCUGCUGUACAGGAAUGGCAGAAUGCUAUUCAUGACCUAAAAAAGACCACCACUAGUACUUCACUCAACCUGAAAGCUGACUUCAACUAUAUAAAAUCAUUAAGCAGUUUUGAGUCUGGAGAAUUUGUUGAAUGCACCGAACAGUUAGAAUUGUUACCAGGAGAAAAUAUCAAUCUACUUGCUGGAGGAUCAAAAGAUAAAAUAGAUAUGAAAAAACUGCUUCCCAACAUGUUAAGUCCAGAUCCAAGGGAGCUUCAGAAAUCCAUUGAAGUUCAGUUAUUGAGAAGUUCUGUGUGUUUGGCAACUGCUUUAAACCAUGCAGAACAGGAUCAAAAGUGGCAGUCUAUAACUGAAAAUGUGGUAAAGUACUUGAAGCAAACCUCCCGCAUAGCUGUUGGACCACUGAAGCUUUCUACAUUAACCGUUUCCCAGUCCUUGCCGGUUCUGAGUACUUUACAGUUAUAUUGCUCAUCUGCAUUGGAGAACACGGUUUCUAAUAGGCUUUCAACAGAGGACUGUCUUAUUCCUCUCUUCAGUGAAGCUUUGCGUUCAUGUAAGCAACAUGAUGUGAGGCCAUGGAUGCAGGCAUUAAGAUAUACCAUGUACCAGAAUCAGUUAUUGGAGAAAAUUAAAGAGCAAACAGUCCCAAUUAGAAGUCAUCUCAUGGAGUUAGGUUUAACGGCAGCAAAAUUUGCUAGAAAACGGGGGAAUGUAUCACUUGCAACAAGACUGCUAGCACAGUGCAGUGAUGUUCGGCUGGGAAAGACCACCACUGCCCAGGACUUAGUCCAUCAUUUUAAGAAGCUGUCAACUCAAGGUCAAGUGGAUGAAAAAUGGGGACCGGAACUUGAUAUUGAAAAAACCAAAUUGCUGUAUACAGCAGGCCAGUCAACACAUGCAAUGGAAAUGUUGAGUUCUUGUGCUAUAUCUUUCUGUAAGUCUGUGAAAGCUGAGUAUGCAGUUGCUAAGUCAAUUCUUACGCUGGCUAAAUGGAUCCAGGCAGAAUGGAAAGAAAUUUCAGGACAGCUGAAACAGGUUUAUAGAGCUCAGCAACAACAGAACUUCUCAGGUCUUUCCACUUUAUCUAAAAACAUACUCACUUUGGUAGAACUGCCAUCUGUCAAUACAAUGGAAGAGGAAUAUCCUCGGAUUGAAAGCGAGUCUACAGUACAUAUUGGAGUUGGAGAACCCGACUUCAUUUUGGGACAGUUAUACCACCUAUCUUCAGUACAAGCACCUGAAGUAGCCAAAUCUUGGGCAGCAUUGGCUAGUUGGGCUUAUAGGUGGGGCAGGAAGGUGGUUGACAAUGCCAGUCAGGGAGAAGGUGUUCGUCUGUUGCCAAGAGAAAAAUCUGAAGUUCAAAAUCUGCUUCCAGACACUGUAACGGAAGAAGAGAAAGAAAGAAUAUAUGGAAUUCUUGGACAGGCUGUGUGUCGGCCAGCAGGAAUUCAGGAUGAAGAUAUAACACUUCAGAUAACAGAGAAUGAAGAUAAUGAGGAGGAUGACAUGGUUGAUGUUAUCUGGCGUCAGUUAAUAUCAAGCUGCCCAUGGCUUUCAGAACUUGACGAGAGUGCGACAGAAGGAGUUAUUAAAGUGUGGAGGAAGGUUGUAGAUAGAAUCUUCAGCCUGUACAAACUGUCAUGCAGUGCAUAUUUUACUUUCCUUAAACUCAAUGCUGGUCAAAUUCCUUUAGAUGAGGAUGACCCUAGGCUACAUUUAAGUCACAGAGUGGAGCAGAGCACUGAUGAUGUGAUUGUGAUGGCCACAUUGCGUCUGCUCAGGUUGUUGGUGAAGCAUGCUGGUGAGCUCCGGCAGUAUCUGGAGCAUGGCUUGGAAACAACACCUACUGCUCCCUGGAGAGGAAUUAUUCCGCAGCUUUUCUCACGCUUAAACCACCCUGAGGUAUAUGUGCGCCAAAGUAUUUGUAACCUCCUCUGUCGUGUGGCUCAAGAUUCCCCACAUCUCAUACUGUAUCCUGCAAUAGUGGGAACCAUAUCACUUAGUAGUGAAUCUCAAGCUUCAGGGAAUAAGUUUUCCUCUGCAAUUCCAACUUUACUUGGAAACAUUCAAGGAGAAGAAUUAAUGGUUUCUGAAUGUGAAGGGGGAAGUCCCCCUACUUCCCAGGAUAGCAGUAAGGAUGAACCAAAAAGUGGAUUAAAUGAAGACCAAGCAAUGAUGCAGGAUUGCUACAGCAAAAUUGUAGAUAAGCUGUCCUCUGCAAAUCCAACUAUGGUUUUACAGGUUCAGAUGCUUGUGGCGGAGCUGCGCAGGGUCACUGUUCUCUGGGAUGAACUCUGGCUGGGAGUUUUGUUGCAGCAACACAUGUAUGUCCUGAGACGAAUUCAACAGCUUGAAGACGAGGUGAAGAGAGUCCAGAACAACAAUACCUUACGCAAAGAAGAGAAAAUUGCCAUUAUGCGGGAGAAGCACACAGCUUUAAUGAAGCCGAUUGUAUUCGCUCUGGAGCACGUAAGGAGUAUCACAGCAGCCCCUGCAGAGACACCUCAUGAAAAGUGGUUUCAGGAUAACUAUGGUGAUGCUAUUGAAAACGCACUUGAAAAACUGAAGACUCCAUCAAACCCUGCAAAGCCUGGAAGCAGCUGGAUUCCAUUUAAAGAGAUAAUGCUGAGUUUGCAGCAGAGAGCACAGAAACGCACAAGUUACAUCUUGCGGCUUGAAGAAAUCAGUCCAUGGUUGGCUGCCAUGACAAACACUGAAAUUGCUCUUCCUGGAGAAGUCUCAGCCAGAGAUACGGUUACAAUCCACAGUGUGGGUGGAACCAUUACAAUCUUACCAACUAAAACCAAGCCUAAGAAACUUCUCUUUCUAGGAUCAGAUGGAAAGAGCUACCCUUACCUUUUCAAAGGACUAGAGGAUUUACAUCUGGAUGAGAGAAUAAUGCAGUUCUUAUCUAUCGUGAAUACUAUGUUUGCUACAAUUAAUCGGCAGGAAACACCCCGUUUUCAUGCAAGACACUAUUCUGUGACACCACUGGGAACAAGGUCAGGACUGAUCCAGUGGGUGGAUGGAGCCACACCCUUAUUUGGUCUUUACAAACGGUGGCAACAACGGGAAGCUGCCUUACAAGCACAAAAGGCCCAGGAUUCCUACCAGACUCCUCAGAAUCCUGGAAUUGUACCCCGUCCAAGUGAACUUUAUUAUAGUAAAAUUGGUCCUGCUCUGAAGACAGUUGGACUCAGCCUGGAUGUGUCCCGCCGGGAUUGGCCCCUCCAUGUGAUGAAAGCAGUUUUAGAGGAAUUAAUGGAGGCCACUCCCCCGAAUCUCCUGGCCAAAGAGCUCUGGUCAUCUUGUACAACACCGGACGAAUGGUGGAGAGUCACACAGUCUUAUGCAAGAUCUACAGCAGUCAUGUCUAUGGUUGGAUACAUAAUUGGCCUUGGAGAUAGACAUCUAGACAAUGUUCUCAUAGAUAUGACGACUGGAGAAGUGGUUCACAUAGAUUACAAUGUUUGUUUUGAAAAAGGUAAAAGUAAAUUUUGCAUUUAUAUGAGGGUCAAAAGGUUUUUAAUGAAAGGGCAAAAAUACAAUGAUUUGUCUUUUGAAGGUAAAAGCCUUAGAGUUCCUGAGAAAGUACCAUUUCGAAUGACACAAAACAUUGAAACAGCACUGGGUGUAACUGGAGUAGAAGGUGUUUUUAGGCUUUCCUGUGAACAGGUUCUGCACAUUAUGCGGCGUGGUAGAGAGACUCUGUUGACGUUAUUGGAGGCCUUCGUGUAUGAUCCUUUGGUGGACUGGACAGCGGGGGGCGAGGUGGGGUUUGCUGGCGCUGUCUAUGGCGGAGGUGGCCAGCAGGCUGAGAGCAAGCAGAGCAAGAGAGAGAUGGAGCGAGAGAUCACCCGCAGCCUCUUUUCUUCCAGAGUAGCUGAAAUUAAGGUGAACUGGUUUAAAAACAGAGAUGAGAUGCUGGUUGUGCUUCCCAAACUGGACAGCAGCUUAGAUGAAUACCUAAGCUUGCAGGAGCAACUGACAGAUGUCGAAAAACUUCAGGGAAAACUGUUGGAGGAAAUAGAAUUUCUAGAAGGAGCUGAAGGAGUGGAUCAUCCCUCUCACACUCUGCAACACAGGUAUUCUGAACAUACUCAGCUACAAACUCAGCAAAGAGCUGUUCAAGAAGCAAUCCAGGUGAAGUUAAAUGAAUUUGAACAGUGGAUAACGCAUUAUCAGGCUGCAUUCAGUAAUUUAGAAGCGACACAGCUUGCAAGCUUGCUUCAGGAGAUAAGCACACAAAUGGACCUUGGUCCCCCAAGCUAUGUGCCAGCAACAGCCUUUCUUCAGAAUGCUGGGCAGGCCCACUUGAUCAGUCAGUGUGAGCAACUGGAGGGGGAAGUUAGUGCCCUUCUGCAGCAGAGACGCUCAGUGCUCCGUGGCUGUCUAGAACAGCUGCAUCACUAUGCAACUGUUGCACUGCAGUAUCCAAAAGCCAUUUUUCAGAAACAUCGAAUUGAACAGUGGAAGACCUGGAUGGAAGAGCUUAUCUGUAAUACCACAGUAGAGCGCUGUCAAGAACUUUAUAGGAAAUAUGAAAUGCAAUAUGCUCCCCAGCCACCACCAACAGUAUGUCAGUUCAUUACUGCCACUGAAAUGACCCUGCAACGAUACGCAGCAGACAUAAACAACAGACUUAUUAGACAGGUGGAACGCUUGAAACAAGAAGCUGUUACUGUGCCAGUUUGUGAAGAUCAGUUAAAAGAAAUUGAACGUUGUAUUAAAGUAUUUCUUCAUGAGAAUGGAGAAGAAGGAUCUUUGAGUCUAGCAAGUGUCAUUAUUUCUGCCCUCUGUACUCUUACAAGGCGUAAUCUGAUGAUGGAAGGUGCAGCUUCAAGUGCUGGAGAACAGCUGGUUGAUCUGACUUCUCGAGAUGGAGCCUGGUUUUUGGAGGAGCUCUGUAGUAUGAGUGGAAAUGUCACCUGCUUGGUUCAGUUACUGAAGCAGUGCCACCUAGUGCCUCAGGAUUUAGAUAUCCCAAACCCUGUGGAAACAUCUGAAGCAGUUCACUUAGCCAAUGGAGUAUACACCUCACUGCAGGAAUUGAAUUCAAAUUUCCGGCAAAUCAUAUUUCCAGAAGCACUUAGAUGUUUAAUGAAAGGGGAAUACACCUUAGAAAGUAUGCUUCAUGAAUUGGACAAUCUCAUUGAGCAGACAACUGAUGGCAUUCCCCUGCAAACUCUAGUUGAAUCUCUUCAAGCCUAUUUAAGAAAUGCAGCUAUGGGACUUGAAGAAGAAACACAUGCUCAUUAUAUUGACGUUGCCAGAAUACUGCAUGCUCAAUAUGGCGAGUUAAUCCAGCCAAGAAAUGGUUCAGUUGAUGAAACACCAAAAAUGUCAGCUGGCCAGAUGCUUUUGGUAGCAUUUGAUGGCAUGUUUGCACAAGUUGAAACCGCUUUUGGCUUAUUAGUUGAAAAGUUAAACAAGAUGGAAAUUCCUGUAGCUUGGCGAAAGAUCGACAUCAUACGGGAAGCUAGAAGUACCCAAGUUAAUUUUUUUGAUGAUGACAACCACCGACAGGUACUAGAAGAGAUUUUCUUUCUAAAAAGAUUACAGACAAUUAAGGAGUUCUUCAGACUCUGUGGUACCUUUUCAAAAACAUUGUCAGGAUCAAGUUCACUUGAAGACCAGAAUACAGUGAAUGGACCUGUACAGAUUGUCAAUGUGAAAACUCUUUUUAGAAACUCUUGUUUCAGUGAAGACCAAAUGGCCAAGCCUAUCAAGGCCUUCACAGCUGACUUUGUAAGGCAACUUUUAAUAGGACUACCCAACCAAGCCCUUGGACUCACCUUGUGCAGCUUUAUUAGUGCCUUGGGUGUAGACAUCAUCGCUCAAGUAGAGGCAAAGGACUUUGGUGCAGAAAGCAAAGUUUCUGUUGAUGAUCUAUGUAAGAAGGCGGUAGAACACAACAUCCAGAUUGGAAAGUUCUCUCAGUUGGUCAUGAAUAGGGCAACUGUGCUAGCGAGUUCUUACGACACUGCCUGGAAGAAGCAUGACCUGGUGCGUAGACUGGAAACCAGCAUUUCUUCCUGUAAGACAAGCCUGCAGCGGGUGCAGCUGCAUAUUGCCAUGUUUCAGUGGCAACAUGAAGACCUACUUAUCAGUAGACCACAAGCCAUGUCAGUCACACCUCCCCCUAGGUCUGCUAUCCUAGCCAGCAUGAAAAAGAAACUACAUACUUUGAGUCAGAUUGAAACUUCAAUUGCAUCUGUUCAGGAGAAGCUAGCAGCACUUGAAUCAAGUAUUGAGCAGCGACUAAAGUGGGCUGGUGGUGCCAACCCUGCAUUGGCACCUGUACUGCAAGAUUUUGAAGCAACAAUUGCUGAAAGAAGAAAUCUUGUCCUCAAAGAGAGCCAGAGGGCAAGUCAGGUCACUUUUCUGUGUAGCAAUAUCAUUCAUUUUGAAAGUUUACGAACUAGAACUGCAGAAGCCUUAAAUCUGGAUGCUGCAUUAUUUGAACUAAUCAAGCGAUGUCAGCAAAUGUGUUCAUUUGCGUCACAGUUUAACAGUUCGGUCUCUGAGUUAGAGCUUCGUUUAUUACAGAGAGUGGACACCAAUCUCGAACAUCCUAUUGGCAGUUCUGAAUGGCUUCUGUCAGCACACAAACAGUUGACCCAGGAUAUGUCUACUCAGAGGACAAUUCAGACUGAGAAAGAACAACAGAUAGAAACAGUCUGUGAAACAAUCCAGAAUCUGGUUGAUAAUAUAAAGACUGUGCUCACUGGUCAUAAUAGACAGCUAGGAGAUGUCAAACAUCUCCUAAAAGCAAUGGCUAAGGAUGAAGAAGCUGCACUGGCAGAUGGUGAAGAUAUUCCCUAUGAGAACAGUGUUAGGCAGUUCUUGGGUGAAUAUAAAUCAUGGCAAGACAAUAUACAGACAGUCCUGUUUACAUUAGUCCAGGCUAUGGGUCAGGUUCGAAGUCAAGAACAUGUUGAAAUGCUCCAGGAAAUCACUCCUACCUUGAAAGAACUAAAAACACAAAGUCAGAGUAUCUAUAAUAAUUUAGUGGGUUUUGCAUCACCGUUAGUCACCGAUGCAACAAAUGAGUGUUCGAGUCCAACGUCGUCUGCUACUUAUCAGCCAUCUUUUGCUGCAGCAGUCCGGAGCAACACAGGCCAGAAGACUCAGCCUGAUGUCAUGUCACAGAAUGCUAAAAAGCUGAUUCAGAAAAAUCUUGCUACAUCAGCAGAUACUCCACCAAGCACCACCCCAGGAACUGGCAAGAAUAUUGCUUGUAGUCCUAAAAAGGCUGUCAGAGAUCCUAAAACUGGGAAAGCUGUACAAGAGAGAAACUCAUAUGCAGUGAGUGUGUGGAAGAGAGUGAAAGCCAAGUUAGAGGGCCGAGAUGUUGAUCCAAACAGACGGAUGUCAGUUGCUGAACAGGUUGACUAUGUCAUUAAGGAAGCGACUAAUCUAGAUAACUUGGCUCAGCUCUAUGAAGGUUGGACAGCCUGGGUGUGAAUGGCAAGACAGUAGAUGAGUCUGGUUAAGUGAGGUCAGACACCACCAGAAUCAACUCAGCCUCAGGCAUCCAAAGCCACACCACAGUCGGUGGUGAUGCAACUGGGGGCUUACUCUGAGGAAACCUAGGAAAUCUCGGUGCACUAGGAAGUGAAUCCUGCAGGACAGCUGCACUCAGGGAUACGCCCAACACCAUGGCCUGCAACCCCAAGGUCACGGGUAAAGAAAGCAAGCUCACCGCCUGAACACGGAGAUUGUCUUUCUGCCACAGAACAGCUGCAAACGUGUCAGGAGGUUAGCUGAGAAAGAAAUCGGGAUGCCGCGGAACACAGAGUGAUUUGGAACUCCAUUCCACCUGACCCUGUGUGUACAAUCCAGGAAAACAAACCCCGCUCAGAAA